AUGUCGCUCGACCCGCCGACCUACCUAGCUUCCCUCCAGAGCAACAUCCGCCAGCGUCCCAUUCCCUGGGAGGGAGCGGUCCGCGCAGGCACCCUCACCGAGAGCCAACACGCCAAGAUCCGCGCCGUCGACAAGGCCAAGAAACCUGAGCAGCGCAAGGAGAUUGUCGAGGCUGACCUCGAUAGCUACCGACUGCUCUUCGUCGGCGGCAAUGGCCAGGCCAGCGUUCUUGAGACGGCCGCCAAGCAGGCAAACGUCAUCCAGUACAUCCUUGUCCUGCUUGCCGACGUCUUGGAUGCCAAAGCUCUCUUCAAGAACCCCGAGCCAUACACGCACUUCCUACCACUUCUUCACUCCAAUACCACCGAAGACCACAUUCCUUUGCUCACCUCUCACGCAUUGACGACGCUGAUGGCUCUGUCGCGCGACGAGUCCGAGGCGACCCUCCGGUCUUUGCCUGUCCUCUUUACAUACAUCUCGGGUUUGGCGAAGAGCACCGAUGCUGGCCUGCAAGACAUUGCCGUUCAGGAAUACUCGACCCUGCUCAACGGCCACUCCUCUCGCGAACAGUUUUGGAACCAGCGCAGCGAGACGAUUGCGCCACUCAUCAAAAUUCUUCACAGUGCCGUGGGUGUCGCCAACUCGGGCAACGCAUCAGCUACCCUGUGGAGUGGAAGCACCAAUGGCCGCACCGCGGGUGUCGAAGGCUCCGUUGGUGGCGGGGUUGGCCUGCAGCUGCUGUACCACGUUUUGUUGGUUAUGUGGCAGAUGAGCUUUGAGGCUGAUGAGAUUGGUGACGAUCUUAACAACGAGUACGACAUUGUUCUCCUUUAUACACACCUUCUGCGACUAUCCCCUAAGGAGAAGACGAGCCGAUUGAUUCUCUCGACACUGUACAACCUGCUAGUCAAGAACCAGACGUCACUGCUGCCUACGGCUGUCCUCGCACGCCUGCCUCCUCUGCUGGAUACGCUCGGCGGCCGCCAUCUCAGUGAUGUCGACCUGCUUGAUGAUCUUCAAAACCUCAAGGACAUGCUCGAGGAAUACACCAAGACCAAGACGACGUUUGAUGAAUACGUAGCUGAGGUGCAGACGGGCCACCUGCGCUGGUCACCGCCGCACCGAAGUCAGGUAUUCUGGGCAGAAAAUGCACGAAAGAUUUUGGACCACCAGAACGGCGAGAUUCCCCGUCAACUAGCCGAGAUUAUGAAGAAACCAUGGGACAACGACAAGCAAGUGCUAGCGAUUGCGUGCAACGACGUCGGCUGCCUGGUAAAGGAAGUACCAGAGAAGAGAUGGCAGCUGGAAAAGGCUGGCCUCAAGACGAGAAUCAUGGAGCUUAUGCAGUCAGAAGAUGAGAAUGUGCGAUGGGAGAGCUUGCGAGCGUUGGGAGGCUGGCUCAAAUACAGUUUCGAGCAGGCGGCUUAG